GUUACACCGUAUCGUGUAAUAUGAGCAUGCACUCCACUGCCCUUUAUUUAUUUAGACGUAGCUAAGUGCCUAGCCGACUAGGUAUAAUAUUGAAGCUCCUAUAUCCCUUGUUAACAUCAUUCCUGUGUACUGGAAGCGCCGAUAUGAAGCCCAUACUCCAAAAUUAUCAACGGAGAGGUGGAGAAGCUACUCUCAACUUUGACGAAAGAAAGAAGUUAAUCCCGUUGCGCCUCUUAACCCCUUGCAUAGAAGUAAAAUCACGUGGAUCUCACCCCCUAUCCACCCCGGUCGAGACCUACUCUCCGACCAUGUCAAGCUCACGCCCAUGGCCCGGUUGCCGGGAGGAUUACAGCCUUAUUUUUCCAGCGGCAGGAUCAGUCCCUUACCUCUCUAUGAAUUACUCCCGGGGCAGUAGCAAUGGUUAUCGAAUUAUAAUUUUGUUCUGAUCCGCACGACAUCCGAUUGGAUUGUCAACUACACUAGGAGCUUCCGGUCGGCAUUGACACCGCGGAUGUAUGUCAUCAUUGGCAGAGGCGAUCCUAUCAUUGGGUAGCUAUCUCGCUCUACUCGUCACGCAUAUGAUGCCCAACAUCACUGGAAUGCAGCUUGGCAAUGCAAGCCAAUGUAGCACUUUGCCCUGUAGAGAGUUCGUCCACGCUGUUCCCAGUAUCCGCGGACGAGGCUCCUCCGCAAAGAUGCUCACGCAUAGCCGAACCCAGGGAUCUGACUUGGUGAAAGCUGCCCCGAGUGCAUCUUCAGCUCCUCCAGACCCAGAGGCGACUUUUUUAGGUGCCCAGGUGUGUAAUGGGCUUGGUUUGCCAGAAGUUGAAGAUCUGGGAGACCUCGAUGCGGAUAAUGGUGCGCAAUGAGCAUUGGAUCACAUCUCUCCCGACGGCAAUAACGCGUCCAAUAUUAGGUAUCUGCCAAUAUGAUCAAGAGUCGGUCAAGAAGUGGUCUGGAGGUGCAAGUCUAGCUGAGAUAUUGAUCGAGGAAUUGGAUUUGGCGAGUAGAUUUGAUCCUAGUCUGGAAGUUCAUGCUGACAUGACAAAUUUCAACUUCCAUUCCCCAGAAUGUUGAUGUUUCCUUUGGCCACAAGGGGUUCGAAGCAGUUUUAGAUAAAUUAGUCAUAAGCGUUAUCCAUUACUAAUCUCAGCCACAUAUGAAUUUUAUAUCAUGUACAUACCUUCUUCAUCCGAAACAUUGAGUUCUUGAAGAAUGGCGGAGGUACUGGAGUUGGCUGGGACUCGAUGUCGUUUUCUUUUUCCAGUGAUACAUAUUUCCCCAGCCACUAAUAACUCGGAUUGAAUGUUCUCUUAGUCAAAGUGACACCGGAAAUGCAACAAUAGAAGUACAAGACUCCUUCUAAUACUUUAACCAGAGAUGAUUCGUUAAACCAAGAAUAUGAGGCAGGAAAAGACGACAAUGCAAGAUGAUAGGUCGUUUCUUUCGUGUUUCAUACGUACUACGUGCCCGUCUGCCGUACUUGCAGCUGUAGUGCGAACCACUUUGUAUACUUUUGU